GUCCAAAGCUGCCACGAUGGGGCGCUACAGAUGGAGGACCUGAGGCAUGCCAAGUGAGAAGGUGUCCCCGGAAGAAGUGCUGCGAUCAGCGCAGUUUGAUUUGCUGCGGCAGCUGCAAAAAGCAGUUCGAACGGUGAUUUUGACAGCCACAGUCAGCAACAGUUGUGUGAACUGCUCUCACAGUCUUUGCGGACAGCUAUUUCGACUUAUCCGAAGUUGCCUUCUCGCUGGAUGCCGACGAUUUCACGGCGCGAAGUUGACAGAAGAUUUUCUCUUCCUGCUCGUGGUGCCAGAAUUUGUAGGCGCUUUUAAGUACGACUUGGAAUUUAUUGCUCACCUUUGCGUGAGCCACAAUGUCGGAAGCUUUGUUAGGCAACUCUUCGAAGAUUCGAGGGCCAAUCACUUCUACUGCGACUGUGCCAUAAUGCGAGACGAGGAGCUUCACUUGGCAUUUGUCUCUUCCCUCAUGGCGCUGGAGCCUGUGAAUUUCCAUCCAGACUCCCCUGACUUGGCGCAACAGUGUUUGUCUGCCUCGUUGGACAAUCUCCGACUCGUCCCAGCCCAGUGGAUCUUCAAGGGUAGCGGAAAGCUGGAAGACCACGUUCCAGCUUCACGACCAGACAAGGCAGUGCCAAAAUCCGAUAUCGGAGCUUUGAGAAGCAAAGGAUCCAAAGCAUCCAUGGAGAGUGGUCGCUCCUUGCUUGGCUUCAUCAGAGGCGGAGCUCUUCCUCAGAAGCCCUUGGCCGAAAAUCCGAGUUCCAACGUCUCAGAACUUCCGAAAGAGAAACUCCAGGAGGAGCCACAGAUGGAGCUCCAAAGUCUCCAAAGCAAAGGAGAACCUACUGUGGAACCUGCAGGCGAGACUUCAACAGCAGAAGGGGGAAUUCAGGGCAAGGAGCUGCCUGAAGAGAUUCUGGGUGAGAGAAUGGAACCUGUGGAGCUUGCGGAGCCUGCGGAGCCUGUGGAGCCUGUGGAGCCGGUGGAGACAGAUGUGUCUGAAAAACUUGAGGAGGUGGCCCUUGCGCUAAACGAGACUGAAGAGCUGGUGCGUCAGCUAGAGGCAGAUCAAAGCCGCUGGUCUGAAGGAGAGCCUCUCCCUGCUCAGGUUGAAUUGGAGCAGCAGGAGGCGUUGCUCUCAGACGCUUUGCUUCAGUGCCUCACUAUGGAGCUAGAGGACCACACAGACAGCCCCAGCUGCAUGCAGAGCGCUUCAGACGACCAAAAGCCCCCAGGAGGAGAUUUGCCCGGAAGUGAGCCUGAGACCAAGGAAAGACCCAAAGAUGGUGGGUCUGCAGCAGAUCUUGGGAUGGACAUAGCAGAUGCCUUUGGUAUGGGACUUGGUUACGGGCCGCCGGUGCCACAGGUGGAUAUCAGUGUCCGCGACAUUGUAGCGGCUGGACAGCGGGCGAGGCAUAGCAUGACUGUCAUCCCGAGCUUGCCACCGCUUGAAUUGUCCCUGCCGCCGUUGAAGGCAUAUGCGUUUACGCAAACCUGCCGGGAUCCCAUCGCUGUGAGGGGGCUCUAA